ACCUCUCUAUCACCGCUCCGCCUCUUCGUCGGCCAUGAAGUCCGUUUUCGUUACCGUCGGCACCACCAGCUUCGACGACCUCAUUGCGGCCGUGACGAGCCCCGAAGCGACCCAGGUUUUACAGGAUCUCGGCUAUCGCAAGCUCGUCCUUCAAAUUGGCCGGGGCAAGGAAUGUCCAGAUCCAUUUAGUACAGCCGCACUUACUCUGGAAGUGUUCAGAUUCAAGAGCUCACUUUCUGAAGAUAUGAAAAAAGCAGAUCUGGUCAUAAGCCACGCAGGAGCAGGCAGCUGUUUGGAAGUUUUGGAAGCUGGGAUACCUCUCCUGGUUGUGAUCAAUGACCAGCUUAUGCACAACCAUCAGUUGGAACUGGCCAGGCAGCUGCACAAAGAUGGACAUCUCUUUUACUGCACAUGCAAGACCCUUGUGGAGACGCUCAAAUCAAUGGACUUGUCUACUCUGAAGCCAUUCCUUCCUGGACAGCCAGAAAAAUUUGCUACAUUCUUGGACGACGUGAUUGGCAGUUAACUACGUGGGUUAUAACAAAGAGAUGCCAGAACUGAAACUGGCCUAAGACCUAUGCAAGUAAACAACAGUAUUUGUUACCUCCAAUGAAAUUAAGAAUUAAGGCAUUCAGUAGGGCCAGUUUUGUGUGAAACCAGCUGACGUUUUUGUACGGCAUUUUGUAAACCUAAAACGGAGAUGAGAAUAUACCUUGUCUGGCAUGUAAGGCAAAGAGGCCCUUGGCUUGACUCACACAGUGGACAAAGUGCAAAACCAAUCUGUGUUAUGAUAUUUAUCUUGUGUAAACUCAGUCUCAUUCAAUAAAACAUGAUUAAGCAA